CGCGUCUCGAUGCCUCACUACAUCUGAGGUCGCAUAGCUUUCUAGUCUUUCCCCAUACCACAAGGCCCAGUCGGGCCCGCACACGAUGUCAUGUCGCCCGUCUCCGUCUUUCUCUCUGCCGUCUAUGUCUUCGCCGCUUUCUGGAUCAUCCUCCACCUCGCCUUCUGCCUCCUCCUUCCGCGCACUCCUCGCGUCGCGCUCUCGUACUAUCCGCCACCGUCCGACCGCUCGCCUGUUCUUCUCACCGAGGGUGUGCUCCUCCUCAACGUCCGUACCACGCAACUCAAUUGGUUCGCGAAGAGUAGGAGGGAGAACGUGCGCCGGGGCGUCACUGCGGCUUACACGAUCGGCGGGGUACUCGCUGCCGCUGGUAUGGUCGGAGCGUUGGGCGUGUUGUUUUGGACGGUCGUCAGGCUGGCGGUCGUCCUGCUUGGACGGUGGGCGGGUGCGAGUGCGGGUGCUGGUAUCGCGGCGAACACACCGCGGCUCUGGAAGCGUGACGAGGUUGCAAGUCCUGUCGCCGCCCCGGCGACUGACUACGAUAUACCCAUUUACGCGAUAGUAAGUGUCAUUCC